UCCGGUGUGAAAUUUGGUCGGGUUGUGUCUGUCGAUUGCUGUCAAAAUGAAUGUCAUUUUAGCAAUUAAACAAUACAUCAGUAAAAUGAUCGAAGAAAGUGGACCAGGAAUGAAGGUUCUUUUGAUGGACAAAGAGACGACCAGCAUUGUGAGUAUGGUGUAUGCACAAUCAGAGAUUCUGCAAAAGGAGGUGUACUUAUUUGAAAGAAUUGACUCCUCAGGCAGGGAGACCAUGAAACAUCUGAAAUGCAUCACAUUUCUUAGACCAACUAAAGAAAACGUUGAAUUUCUGGCUCAGGAGCUUAGGAUGCCAAAAUAUGGAUUGUAUUACAUAUAUUUUAGUAAUGUUAUCAGCAAGCAGGAUGUCAAGGUUUUAGCAGAGGCAGAUGACCAAGAAGUUGUACGAGAAGUUCAGGAAUUCUUUGGAGACUACAUAGCAGUAAAUCCCCAUUUGUUCACGCUAAACAUUCCAGGAUGUUGCCAUGGUCUGAACUGGUCGCCAGGGUCAUUGCCAAGGACUGUGGAGGGGUUAACAUCAGUCCUAUUAUCACUAAAGAAGUGCCCAAUGAUCCGCUAUCAAAACUCUUCUGAAAUGGCCAGGCGACUUGCUGAAAAUGUCAGGAAUACCAUAAACAGAGAGGCAGCCCUGUUUGAAUUUCGUAAAACAGAUGUAGCUCCUGUUUUGAUAAUCUUGGACAGGAGAGAUGAUGCUGUGACUCCACUCUUAAAUCAGUGGACAUAUCAAGCCAUGGUACAUGAACUGCUUGGAAUCAACAACAACCGCAUCAAUCUGUCUGACGUACCAGGGAUCUCCAAAGACCUGAAGGAGGUGGUUUUGUCAGCAGAACACGAUGAGUUUUACGCAAAUAACAUGUAUAAUAACUUUGGAGAAAUAGGAACAAACAUCAAGGAUCUGAUGGAGGAUUUCCAGAAAAAAUCACAAAGUACAGCAAAAGUGGAAUCAAUAGCAGACAUGAAGGCUUUCAUAGAGAAUUACCCUCAGUUUAAAAAGAUGUCUGGAACUGUUGCUAAGCAUGUGGCAGUUGUAGGUGAAUUAUCUCGAUUAGUCAAUAAACAUAUUCUUAUGGAAGCCUCCGAAUUGGAGCAGGAAUUGGCUUGUCAAGGGGACCAUUCUGCUUGUUUACAGAAAAUAAAAUCUCUUUUGUCCAAUGAAAAGUUGCAGCCCGUGGACAUGUUGCGUCUGGUGAUGUUGUACGCCCUGCGAUAUGAAAGUCAUAGUAAUAACGACAUCUCAGGACUGCUGGACGUUCUACGCAAAAAAGGAGUCAGCGACAAACAAAGGAGUUUGGUUCCGGCUGUUUUGGAAUAUGGUGGUCGUAAAGCACGCGGGAGUGAUCUGUUUGGAAAUCAAGAUGCUGUGGCCAUCACAAAGAAAUUUUUUAAAGGAUUGAAGGGAGUUGAGAAUAUCUACACCCAACAUAAGCCAGUGUUGUAUAAUGUUUUGGAUCAGCUUAUUAAGGGCAAGUUAAAAGAAGGAAGCUUUCCAUAUCUUGGUACAAGUGUUCUCAGAGAGCGGCCCCAGGAUAUAAUAGUGUUUAUGAUUGGAGGGGCCACAUACGAGGAAGCUCUGACUGUUCACACACUCAACAGAUCCACCCCAGGCGUCAGAGUGGUCCUCGGAUCCACCGCAGUUCUUAAUUUCAAAAGUUUUAUGGAUGAGGUCAUUCAAGCUGUCCAGGGCCAGUCCUCCAGUCGUUUAGGGUCAAGAUGGUGAGCCAGACCAAUGCUUAAUAUGUGACAAACAGCUACAGACAUUGUUUUAUUGCAUGCAGACUAAGUGUGUAAUGUUAAACCAAGUAUUGACUGAGAUUGCAAUCUUUUAUAUUGAACAAAUUGUGAGCAGUGCAGUAUGUAAACUAUUUAUUGAUCAUUCCAAUAGCAAUGACAUCUUUAAGGAUAGCUUUCUCCAAAAUCCAAAUGAAUGUCAUUUUCAUAGAUGUCAUGAAUUGUGUUGCUUAUGAGUGGAACAUUUUAUAGUUUAUCGGAUAAGUAGAAGUUGAACACAAUUAUAAUGUGCAUUUUUUCAUGGUCAGAAAAUGUACUAAUCAUUAGUUAAUUAUGUAAGAUAGGGGUUCAAAACAUGUAUCAAAACCAAUAAACAUAUCCUCUAACUGUCGAAAAAUUGACCUCCUUCAACAAUUUUUU